AUGAAGACCUUUUCGCACAUCGUCGCGGCCUUAUCGCUCUUGUUAGGCUCGGCAUUGGGAGACCAUGUUGACUGUCGUACAACUCUGGGCACCAAGUCCGUGAAAGUCGUACCGAGGACAACUAUUACUUCCACUUCGUCAGCUCGGCCUACACAGGUCCUUGUCGUGCAGUCGACAAUUACAAGCUACAAGGGCAUCAAGUCUACAUCUGUCAUCUUGAGCACAUCGACGGAAACUGUGACAGAUACCACACCCACCGAGACUGCCACCAGCACUACCGUUUCGUUCGAUGUCGCGACGUUCAGUGCCACCAUCACAAAUACUGUCUCGACUACAACUACUCAAACGGUUCAGUCCACUUCGACCACCAUUAUUCCCACAGUCGCGGGUUUCCAGCCUAUCGACAACACCGUCAACCAGGGACCUCUGCAACGCCGCAAAGUGCAACAUCCCCGCGCUCCUGCUGGCGUUGCGCCCAAGAACAAGAAAGCCGGCGUUGCUGCUGCAACCCACCCCCAGAACGUGAAAUGCACCCGCUACGUCUCAAACACCCACACAUUCACAACCUACACGACCCUCACCCCCCUAACCAACACCAUGACCUACUUCUCCAAAACCGUCCGCUCGACAUCCGUCAUCACAGACACCUCAACAUCCUUCCCCGCCGAAGUCACAGAAACAGUAACAUCCACCUCCGUCUCCGACGUUCAAACAACCACAACCUUCUUCCAAACUUCCACAACCACACUAGGAGCCGUGGCAACCCAAGUCAUCAACGGUCCCACCCAUUACGACGCCUGCACAAACGCAAAUAACUUCUUCGGACCAAAUUUCUCCAAUGGCGGAACUUCGUACGAAAUCGUAAACGCUCAAAACAACGGACCCAACGUCGGAAACACGUAUCAGAUUGUGAAUCUCAAUGGGAUUAAUACUCAAGAAGAAUGCUGUUCAAAAUGUCAAGCUUCGGCAAUUUGUGAGACGUUUUUGUAUCGUCCUGGCAACGCCGGCUGCUUCCUACUCGCUCACACCGAUAAUACAUGUUCAGCGCAAACCAAUCACGCCAAUUUCUUCUUGUCCAAGGCUGGGACUGCUACGGGAACGGAUGCUUAUAUCGUUGGCAAUGGAAAGUGUGGCUACGCUUAUAGCGCGAACAGUGAUGGGUCGGUUUUCCAGGCUAGUUAG